AUGGCAGCCACUCUCAUUCGCAAAGCAGCUCCCGAUGUGGACGACGCCAUUAUCGACUAUCUCGACGGCUAUUUGAAAGAAAACGACUUUGACGACGAGAAUGAGGACGCCAUUGACGACUUUGUUAAGCCCUUGUUGAUCGAUGCGGGUGGCAAGGAGGAUCGUAUCACGGCAUUGUGUGCUGAACUCACCAAGCUUUUCGACACUCAUCGUGCAGCUGCCGAGAAGAAUGCAUCAGCAACUCGCAAAUUGGAACAGGCUAUCACGAUCGGUAGCCAAUCUGGUGUCUCUGCUACAGCACGUUUGGGAGCAAGUGGUGUGGAACUGGACCAUUUAUCUGGCAAACGCGUUCAGUCGCAAGUGGAUCAAGACAAGUUGCGUAAGGCUGAAGCCAAGAUUGCUGCCAAGAUGGCCAAGCGUCAGCAAAAGACCAAUCAACGUGUCGAGUAUGAAGCAUCCAAGUUGAUCAAUGAGCAAAAAGCACUUCAAGAAGAGUACAAGUUGUAUAAUCCUAUUCUCGAUUACACCUCCACCAAGGGCAAGAUCAAGGAUAUCAAGAUUGAGAACUUUGAUAUCUCAUUCGCGGGUCGUCGUAUCCUUACCGAUGCCAAUCUCACUGUUGCCUUUGGUCGUCGUUAUGGUGUCGUGGGCAAGAAUGGUAUUGGUAAAUCUACCUUGUUGCGUGCCAUUGCUCGUCGUGAAGUGAGCGUGCCUCAUCACAUUUCGGUGCUUUAUGUGGAACAAGAAGUUGUUGGUGAUGAUACCCCAGCCAUUGAAAUGGUGUUGCGAGCAGAUGUCUGGCGUGAGCACUUGUUGGAAAAGGAACGUGAUUUGACCGGCCGUAUCAGCCAAUUGGAUGCACAACUUGAUGAGGAUGAAGAGUUAUCCGAGGAUGAAAAGAACAAGAUCAAUGGCCAAAAGGAUAGCCUGAACACAGAGCUCAAGGAGGUCUUUAGCAAACUUGAGGAUAUUGAGAGUGAAAAGGCUCCUGCACGGGCUGCAGCUAUCUUGUCAGGUCUUGGUUUCCCAGAAAAAGAUCAACAUCGCGCAACACGAGAGUUCUCAGGUGGUUGGCGUAUGCGUAUUUCUUUGGCACGUGCUCUCUUCUGUAAACCCGAUGUGCUCAUGCUUGAUGAACCGGAUAACAUGUUGGAUAUCCCUGCCAUUGUAUGGCUUGAACAAUAUUUGCAAAAGUGGCCAAACACAUUGAUGGUGGUUUCUCACGACAGAGAAUUCUUGGACGAGGUUGCAACCGAUAUUUUAUACAUGCAUUCUGAAAAGCUUGAUUACUACAAGGGCAACUUUACACAAUUCCAUGCCACCAAAGAGGAACGAGUACGCAACCAAAUCCGCGAGUAUGAAGCACAAAUGGAAUACCGAAAGCAUUUGCAAGAUUUCAUCGAUCGUUGGAGAUACAAUGCAAAGCGUGCACCCCAAGCUCAAUCGCGUAUCAAGAUUUUGGAGAAAUUGCCUGUGUUGGAGCCACCUACUAGCGAAAAGGAGGUCACCUUCUCCUUCCCUGAUCCAGAUGCUAUCUCUCCACCCGUGCUACAAAUGAACGACUGUCUCUUUGGUUAUGAUCCAAAGAAAAAGGUGAUCAUCAAGGAUAUCAAUUUGGAUGUACGACUCGACUCGCGUAUCGCCGUGGUGGGUCCUAACGGUGCCGGUAAAUCAACACUUCUCAAGCUAUUGAUUGGACAACUUUCGCCCAACACCGGUGAGGUGCAUCGCAAUGGUCGUCUUCGUAUCGCUUACUUUACUCAGCAUCAUAUCGAUCAAUUGGAUCUCACCAAGAGCGCUGUUGGAUUUAUGGCGGAUCAAUAUCCUGGAAAGAGUGAGGAAGAAUACAGACGUCAUCUUGGUGCUUUUGGUAUCACUGGUAUGGUUGGUCUGCAAGUCAUGAAGACCUUGUCAGGUGGUCAAAAAUCGCGUGUUGCUUUUGCAUGUCUCAGCUUGCAACGCCCUCACAUUUUGGUUUUGGACGAACCUACCAACCAUUUGGAUAUGGAAUCUAUUGACGCGUUGCAGGGUGCAUUGGAACGUUUCAGUGGUGGUGUCAUUACUGUUUCUCACGAUGAACGCUUUAUCAACAGCGUAUGCAAUGAGAUUUGGAUCUGUGAGGAUGGUUUGCUCAAGAAGUUUGCUGGCACCAUUAAGGAUUACAAGCAAUUGAUUGUCCCCAAAGAUCAACAAAUGGUACUAUAG